AUGGUCCCCAAACGCUUGGAAAGUUCGGAAGUACCUUACACAACUCGAUGGCUGUCGUAUCCCGAUAUAGCUGACAAGCUAUCUUCGGCCGGAGUACCACCCACGCGAACGGAAAAGCCAUUCUAUACCGUUCCGUCCAUUAUCGAUCAGUCGUCGGCGAAGUCUCCAGUCCACCUCGCAGACUCCCUCGUCAUCGUCAACUACCUGGAGAAAACGUACCCAUCUCGGACUAUCUUCCCCUGUGGCUCGCGCGACAUUCAGCUGUCGUAUAAUGAAGCCAUCCACAAGCACGUUUACACCCCGAUGAUACCGAUGGCCGUCCCGAAUACCGUGCGCAUUCUCGACGGCCGUGAUUUGGAGUUUUAUCGCGCUACGAGGAAGGACUUUCUGGGCGUUGCUCUCGAGGAUAUGUUUCCUGUGCACAAGCAGGCAUCGCUCUGGAGAGACCUGCAGAAGGGUUUGGACGAAAUUUCCGCGCUCGUCGACCGUGCGCAAGGGCAGAGGAAGUGCGCGUCGCGGUGGCUCUUCAGUCCGAAUGAAUGCCCCAGCUACGCAGACUUCGUUUUAGGCUCCAUGUUCAUCUGGUUCAAGAUGGCUGGCCCAGAGGGUGGGUGGGACAGAGUCUCCCGUUGGCAUGGAGGGCGAUGGGGGCGGCUUCUGCGGGAACUGCAGCCGUACAGUCAAGUUCGGUGA